GAAGAAAGGGAUGGGGAGAGGAAUGCUCAAAUAUUUUAAUGGUUUUUGCUCAUAUUACAUAUAUUUGGUGAAAUUUGAUAUUUUUUUCCAAAAACAGAGGGUCGGAGAAAGUCGGCCCGGCGCCUAAGACUAGGUUCCCGACUCUAAGAUUCUACUCGGGCAAUGCCUUAAUAUAAUUUGUCAAAUAUUAUGCAGGGUAGCUGGAAGCUGAUUUCUCCGAAUCAAAUUUGCAUCAAACAAAUCAGUGGAGGAUUAUCAAACCUAGUGUUCUUUGUUGGUCUUCCAGAUAGCGUUGAUCCAGUUGGUAGAGAACCCAGUCAGGUUCUACUCAGGUUGUUUGGUGAUCUUGGAUCAGGACCUGCCUAUCAGUACAGACUUAUCACAGAAACUGUAGUCUUCACAAUGUUAGCGGAGAGGAAUCUUGGUCCUACAUUACAGGGAGUUUUUCCUGGUGGUCGACUAGAGGAGUUUAUUCCUGGACACCCCCUCACCACUACAGAGCUUAGAUCCCCGGAGUACAGUGAUCUGAUAGCUAAGAAUGUUGCUCUAGUUCACAGUUUAGAGGUUCCUGUUAGUAAAGAACCAACUUGGUUAGGAGAUACAAUGAGAUCUCUAGUCUCUAAACUGAAACCCCUGUCUCCGGAAUCUGUUUGUUCUGCUGAGAGAAAUGCAGUUCUAGAGUUAAUUAACUGGGAUCUCAGAUCGGAAGUAGACUGGUUGAUAAGUUUUCUAAAACAUGUUCCUUCUCCUGUAGUUUUUUCUCACAAUGAUGUAAACUGUGGAAAUAUUUUGGUUCGUGAGGAUAAAAGUGCAGGAUGGGAUCCUAUUGUGUUUAUUGAUUAUGAGUUUGCAGCAUACAAUUACAGAGGGUUUGAUCUAGCAAACCAUUUUAUAGAAUGGGUCUAUGAUUACGGAACAAAGGUUUAUCCUUUUUAUAUAAGAGAUAUUAAACAGUACCCAACAAGAUCUCAACGUGAAAGAUGGAUUCGGAAGUAUCUUGAAACGUAUGAAGAACAGGAAUUCCUGCAGGAGGAGAAUAAUUUGAGAACUAGGAAUGGUCGCCAUCAUAACCAGCCUAAAGGACAGAUGGAGGAUAUUUUGGAUGAGGUUGCAGCAUUUUCCCUAGCUUCACAUCUACUCUGGACAGUUUGGGCACUAAAGCAGGGCCAGUCCUCCAGUAUAACAUUCUCCUACUAUUCCUAUGCCAGAGAUAGAUUAGCUGACUAUAAGAUAGAAAAGGAGCAUGUUGUAAAGCUAUUCCAAGAGAAAAAUCUGAAAGGAAUAAAGAGAAGGAAAGAAGACGACCUCUCAAUCUCUUCAUAACAAUUUAUUUGCUAAACAAAUUUGUAUAUUUCUCACAUACUUAAAAAGAUUUAUCAAAAUUAUAAUUAUAAAAAUUUAUUUUAGACAAAAUUAUUGUUUUUCAAUGAAAGAACCUUUUAUAAAAUUGUUAAUAAGUCCUAAGUAAAUAGAAAUUUACUGCUCGAACGCAUAACGAUUCGUUGGCAAUUAUUUAUGCAUUUUAAACCUUUAAUUGCAUUGCAUAUUAAACUUUAGGAUUUAAUAAUUUUCAACAAAUUUAGUACAACUUUAGUAUUAAAUGACAUUUCUCCGUAAACAUUUUUGCCAGAACUUGUGUAUAUAUAUACUUUUUUCAUAUUUUAGGUCAAACGUGUUUUAGUCAUUAUUACAUAUGUUUAAGAACAAAAAAGCUAGUUUUUUAGUGCAGCUUUGAUCUAAAGCUCUAGCACCCUGGAUCGAGUUUUUAAAUGAGCUCGAUUUUGGGUUAAAAUAUAUUAUAUACAAAAGUAGCAAAACUAAAAUUAGAGAUAAACUAUCUCUUCCCUACAGCUCUGUGCUAUAGUUUUAGAUAUUAUUUUGUACAGUAAAUCCAUAAUUUAUCAAUGUUUAAAUUUUUAUUAUUUAUCUUUUGUUAAAGCUGUUAAGUUCGUUUCUUAGAUUUUGUAAAAAUAUCAUUAUUGAUUUAGUAUUUUUUUAACAACCUGUUUUAUAUUUUUGUUUCCUUUAAAUAUUUACUUUAAAAAUUAUUAGUAAUUUGAGCAAAAAACUUAAAUAUGAGUUUAACUAA